GGGAACAUGCUCAUCCUGGCUCGAGAGUGCCAUAUAGCCAGCACGUCGCUGUCUCAGGUCAUUGCGGUAAAGCGCCUUUGCGACUGUUUGGAGCUCGAGCUCCGUCUUCUUUCUCGUCUCACACUUUUCUGCUCUUCGCAAGUGAUACCCUAGAACGUUUUCCUAUAUUCCAAGCCGCGAGCUUGCGACGUCCUGCCUGGCGACUAUCAAGGUGAUGGACCACGUAUACGGUCCGCGGCAAACAGCUAAUGAUUCUUAAAGACGGCUGACGCGGUCAUCUCGGCCAUCGACCCAGUUUGUUCCUUCCUCAGCUCCUACUGCAGCCUACGAGCCUCCUGCGACGCCGUUCCGUUCCUCUAGACGUAUCCUGCCCUACGCCCGGCAAACAUCUAUUUAAGGUCGACCGGCUCAGAACAAGCUGUCAUCGGCAAUCCAUGGCUUCAAAUGGCCAUAUACAAGACCUUCAACAUUCCGGUAUGAAGAAGCGCUCUCAUAGUUCAGAUCCACCCCGCACGACCAAACGGCCAAACUCUCAAGAUGGUCAUCUCUCAAUAACACCAAAAGCAGUAGGACAAACUGCGCCGCGCCUGAUAUCAACCAUCAAGACCGCAGACCGACAGAACCGCGUCGAGAAUGAACGCAACCCGUUUAUCCACCCUCCAAGGGGAUAUGACGAGCAGUUUGAUGCCACACGUCGGGCGCCUCUCUACACGCCAUGCAAACACUACUGGACCACGCAACGCAAUCAGACCGUGUUGCCCGACAGUGGAAUCACGGCUCCGGGAGAGACGUAUAGGCUAGCUUGCUUCUGUCAACAUUGCUUUUCUCAUGUGGACAUUCAAAUUCAGCAUACCUCGCAGCCAUGUCCCAAGCAAGACUAUCCCUUACACCACUUUACGAACUUCUUCCGCGAUGACGAACACAACGAGUGGUAUCAAGCGCGUUGCUCCGGCUGCGCGGCUCAGCUACGCAUAGAUUAUAGGUGGCCUCGCCUGCGACCAGCAGACAUUGAACUCCUGACGAGCCCCGAGAAGCUGCAGCAACGGCUGGAGGCAGCAAAGGCGAGCGACCCGGACCGUGGACAUACUAAGCCGGCUGCCCCGAUUGAAGUUCUUGACGCAAUGUCGUCGUAUCUUAGGGAUUCAUUUGACUCCUCGGACGAGAAGAAAAUCCCGAAACUAAAUCGCCGUUUUGUCACAUCCUUCGGUCAGGAUUGUAACAGCCUCCUUGCAUCGAUGGGAUUCAAGGACAUAGGAGAUUUCUAUAUGCUUCCUCGACCCGAACCAGAAGAUCCCUGGGCGUGGAGUUUGAGAAAGCAGCUUGAAGACACUCAGGAAGAGCUUUGGGCACUGAUGAGACAACUGAAAGAACAAGAUCCUAGACUUGAGCUUGAGAAACUAAAAGGUUACAACGGAAAGAUGGAGCCAUUUGAUGAAGAUGCACAGGUGUUGCUUUCAACUUUCGAGUACGAAAAGAGCAAAACCACACGCAGAGCGCCGACCUUGACGCUGGAAGAGCAAUCGUGGUACGCUGGGCUAGGUGCUCUGGGAGAUUUCUCAGAUGAGCUCAUAUCCUUUGCCUUUGACCGUCAAAUGGCUACGGACAGCGCCAACAUGCCGUACUACUACGACUGCUUGACGUCCAUUGCCAAGAAGCGCAACUCCGAAACCUUGGACGUGAAAUUGGCCUUGCUUGCUUCAGAAGGGUAUUAUGGGAAAAGCGAUAUUGUCAAUGCGUACAAGUAUUUUACGCUGGAUCCACGACAGGCAGCAGAGCUCACGGAUGACUAUAUCCGUGGAGUGUUCGAGAGCCGUCUCGGCAGUGUUGCUAAGAGCGCAGAGCCGGAAUGUAGGGAGAAGUUGAGGUUGAUCGGUGUUUCACGAAACAGCCAAGCGUUGCUUGAUGCCGCAGAUAAUGAGAUCACUGAUCACCACAGCGCAUUACGGUUCUUGGAUUCAGCCUACAACGAGAAUGCUCAGUACCAAGACGACUACAUCAUUGCUUUAGCUGGAGCGAAGAGAGCCGAGAAUGACUCUAAUGGCAAUCAAGAAAAGGUCUCCAAGGCCAUUGAAUUGAUCGCAAAUCAUCGAAACAGUGAAGCUCUUAAAGCCUAUCUAGCUACUGGUGAAGCAACAAUUACUUCCGAUGACGACCAACUUGCUGCUGCGUAUCGCUUCUAUGGUAUUCAGGAUCGGACUGCAGAACUUGAGAUUGCUGUGCUUCAAACACAACUCAAUUUAACCCUGGAAGACCCCAAUGAGUCUACGGAGCGCAAAGUUCAAGCCGCACAGUAUUUCAGUCUUCUAGAAAAGCACCACAAACCUGCGCCUCCACCGAAGAUGGAGGCCGACUACAGCAAACCGAUUGGUCUCAUCAACACCCGUAACUACUGCUACUUGCAUUCAAUUCUUCAAUUCCUCAAUGCGAUCAAGAUUUUCCGCGACACCAUUCUAAAUUUCGAAGAAUUUAAGCAACCAGUUGAAACAGCUGACAUAGAUAACCUCGGCAGGCUUGCCGGAACAUACAUUAGAAAGCUGCAUGUGGAAGAUGGUCACGAACUCGUGAAGCAGCUGCAGCAGCUGUUCAAGAGUCUCGAACAGGCUCCAGGACCUCAUGUUAAAGCAAACGAAAGUUUGGCCGCAGAAGCACUAAAACAGCCGCCGAGCGUGAUCCCCCUUGACGAAAACACUACUCCUGUCGCUGAGAGCAGUAAAUCCUCCGAUUCUGCUGGCAACGAUUCCGAGGCCGUGCAAGGUGACGAAACUUCGAGUGAUGUCACUCUCGUUGGAGACCCAAUCCUAACACCUGACUCUGACGCGGACGACCAGCAAAUGAUCGAGAGUAGCGAAGAAACUGGAUCUGAAAAUGCUCUCGCAGACAAAGAUAAGAAGAAAAGUAAUAGCAGUGACGAUAAGGCAAGCCCUCCUAAUCGUCCACCACCAGUUCCACCACGUCCAAAGCAAGACUCAGAUAAGACCAACACUACUCACUCUACCCCUCUCGAAGAACAGUACAGGCAGCAAGAUGCUCAUGAAGUCACGUCCAAGAUAAUUCAACGCACCAUCGCAGCUAUAAAGCCCACACGUAUUGACCCCAAUGGCGAGCGCGGUGACCGGAUCCGUGACCUAUUUUACGGCGUUUUACAGCAGCUCUGCACGAGGAACACAGAGAAGAGAGUAAGUUUUGAGCCAGACUACGAUCCAUGGCAAAUGCUGCACUUAUCGAAAAAACCGAAGGACGUACAAGAGGGACUCGAUAUUACAUUUGGCCGUGAUCAGAUCGAAAUUGGCGGAGGAGAAGUAACACGAUAUACAGUGAUCAAAGUGGCGCCUCCAAUUCUUCAGUUGUACCUUCAAAACCGCGAAACGGUGAAGGAUGAGAAAACCGGAAACUUUCGUAGCGAGCGCAUUGCACAUGAUAUGGAAGUGAAUAAAACGAUCAACCUCGACCGCUACAUGGAAGUCAACAAUCAGGAAAUAUUGCCCAUUCGAGAACAUUCGUGGGAUCUGCGAGACCGCCUAGAGCAGAUAGAGAUGUCUCUUGGGCUUCGCAAGGUCAAACUUAAGAAACAAGGCAAGAUCGGCAAUCAAGUGAUAACUCUCGAUAGCGACGAAGCAUUCACCGCCCUUGGUAGCAUUAUAAAGUCUGCAAGGUCUGAAGGAGAGAACGGUCUUAUUGACGUCCGUGACGAAGAAGAUUACGACCUUGAAAAGCUCCUUGAAGACGAGGCCAAGCUUGACGAAGUAUCAAAAGAUGAAAUGAAGAAAGAAUUGCCGGAGAUCCGUAAAGAACUUAACGCUCUGCCACUUGGCAGAUGUGACACGGACGCUAUGAAGUACCACAUUUUUGCGAUCUUCAUGUAUUCCGGCACUGGCGCUGCUGGCCAUUGGUGGAUCUAUAUCCGCGACUUCAAAAAUAAUGUUUGGCGCUCGUACAAUGACAGCCAUGUAAACGUCGUCGAUGAGAACGAGGUUUUUCAGAAACGUGACCCGAAACAAGCGGGUCCACAGAUGAUUGUUUACGUUAGAGAUGACCAAAAAGACGAGUUGAUUGAUGCGCUCCACCGCGUUAAGCCUGAGGGGGGAGAGUGGGAAAACAUUAACGUCGACGGUGAUUCUGCUUCAAAGGGCAGGGCUGAGCACACUCAGACUGCGGAAACUGAGAUUAAGAGUCUCCUGGAGUGAUCUGGUCAGCGAACCUGGAUUAAAACGGUCAUAACGUGUACUUAUUCUGACCUUUGGUUUCUUCAAAGUGAGCCUUUAUGGCUCAAGACACUGGCCUGCUAUGUCGUGCUUUAUUGAUAUGCGGAUGGAGACGUGCAAACUUUUAAAGAGAUUUGAGAAUGGCGUCACGAAGGCGCUUUCUGCAUCUGAUUGUAUUCCUUCAGCAAGGAUGCAACACGUGUAUCAUUAGCAAGGCGCAUAAUAGAGAUUUGCAUUUCUUUGAACGCUUCAUUGCUAAA